UCAGGAAGUGACGUGUCGCUGUGCAGCCUGUGACUGAGCUGUCACCAGCAGCAGAAGCAGCGGUGUGUAAGUGAUCGGGGCGGGCUGCAGCUGUCUCUGGACUCUCCCCGGCGCGCGGGACCGCCGCCGCUGCUGGUCAGUAACAGGCGCGCACCCGCCCGGUCGCACGAGUAAACAGGUAACGGUUGAAGCUGCCGGCAGGUGCUGACAAUUUCUCACAAUUGUACAUUGGUCAAAUAUGGCAUCUUCAGAGAAUGAGGAACAAAUGGACAAACCAAGUAACAGUGACCCGGAGAAAUCAAAUGAGGUCUUAGAGUGGUCUGAUCCGAGCACGUGUGAUCUUCCAUUUUAUGUCUGCGAGUUUGUGGAGAAGGAGAUUGGAAAUGAUUUCAAGUCCCUACGGAAAGUUGCGAGGUUUAUUGAAAAGAUUGCUGAAGAGAAAAAACACUUGGAAGAGCAGGUUCUUACUGUCUCUUCCGAAGCUCCCAAACGAAUUCAGGCUGCUUUAAACAAUGCCGAAAAAACAAAGUCUUCUCUUUCUUCUCUUCUGGAAAGAGAAGCCACUGUGACUGAAUCAAUCAGCAAGCACCUGGCGGAGGCUGGCCCAUGGAUGGAAGAUUUAGGGGCACUUAUAGACCAGAUAAAUGAAGUAGAGAGGCAUCUAUCUUACUUAAAAUGGAUCUCACAAAUUGAGGAGCUCAGUGAUAACAUCCAGCAACAUCUCAUGACUAACAAUGUUGCAGAAGCAGCUAGCACCUUGGUUUCUAUGGCCGAAUUGGCCAUUAAGCUCCAGGAUUCAUCGUGUAUCCAUCUACUCAAAUUUAUCAGAUCCACUGUUCAGUUCUGGCACAAAAUCCUAAAAGAUAAAUUAACAAGUGAUUUUGAAGAGGUGCUAAAUCAUUUAAACUGGCCUUUCAUUGGUCCUCAUCAAUCACGGACACCAGUUUCUGCUUCAUCCUCAGCAAGUCUAACAGAUUUUUUCACUAGCUUGGAUACACUCUUCACUCAACUCCUUAAGCUUCAAAUUUCGGAUGAAUUGAUAAGUACACCCAAACAGAUGCUACAGAAGUAUUCCCUUCCAGCAUCUCCUACAAUCAUUCUUCCUAUGCAGAUUAUGUUAAAACCUCUACAGAAGAGAUUUUGGUAUCAUUUUACAGGAAAUAAACAAACCAAUGUCUUAAGCAAGCCCGAGUGGUACCUUACUCAGGUGCUUAUGUGGAUAGGAAACCACACAACAUUUUUGCAUGAGAAAAUUCAGCCUAUUCUGAACAGAGCAGGUUCCCAUGUGAAUGCUAAGAUGGAAUUCACUCGAGGUCUUGUCAUACUUGUUCUGGAGAAGUUGUCUGUUGACAUCCCAUGUUUGCUUUAUGAUGAUGUCCUCUUCUGUCAUCUUGUGGAUGAGGUGCUUCUAUUUCAAAGGGAACUGCACACAGCACAUGGGUAUCCGAGCAGCCUUCCAAACUGCAUGCACAUUCUCUCAGAGGACACCUUCUUUCAGAGAUGGCUGACAGUGGAAAGAAAAUUGGCUUUAGAAAAGAUGGAUUCUAUGCUGUCUUCAGAGGCUGCCUGGGUGUCACAGUACAAAGAUAUCUUUGAUGUGGAUGAAAUGAAAUUUCCAGAUUGUGCGGAGACAUUCAUGACUCUUCUCCUUGUUAUCACAGACCGGUAUAAGAACCUCCCCACAGCAGAGAAGAAGCUGAAGUUUUUGGAGCUGCAGAAAGAUUUGGUUGAUGACUUCAGGAUCCGUCUAACACAAGUGAUGAAGGAAGAGAGCAGAGCUCUUUUGGGGUUUAAAUACUGCGCCAUUCUUAAUGCUGUAAACUACAUAGCAACUGUUCUUGGAGACUGGGCUGACAAUGUUUUCUUUUUACAACUGCAGCAAGCUGCACUGGAGGUUUGCAUGGACAUAAAUUCUAGCAGUAAGCUGCAGCUUGGACAGCUGGCCUCAAUGGAAAUCUCAGUCUUUGAUGACAUGAUUAAUCUCCUAGAACGACUGAAAAAUGAUAUGUUAUGCCGUCAGGUAGAACACGUCUUCCGAGAAGUCAAAGAUGCUGCAAAGAUGUACAAAAAAGAAAGGUGGCUGUCUCUGCCAUCGCAGUCAGAACAAGCAGUGAUGUCAUUGUCCAGCACAGCCUGUCCAAUGCUGUUGGCACUCAGGGACCGUCUCUUACAAUUGGAGCAACAACUGUGUCAUACUUUGUUUAAAACGGUCUGGCAGAUGCUGGCAGAAAAGCUGGAUCUGUUCCUUUAUCAAGAUAUAAUCUUGGCAAAUCAUUUCAACGAAGGAGGAGCAGCACAACUGCAGUUUGAUAUGUCACGCAAUCUCUUUCCUUUAUUCUCACACUACUGCAAAAGGCCAGAGAAUUAUUUUAAACAUGUGAAGGAAGCCUGUAUUAUCCUGAACCUCAGUGUGGGUUCUGCCCUGCUGCUGAAAGAUGUACUACAGUCUGAAGCACCAAGCGAGGGUAGCAAGGUGCCUUCUGCUACAGCAGCACUAAAUGAACUGGGGGUUUAUAAGCUGGCACCUCAGGAUGUGGAAAUUCUUUUUAAUUUACGAACCAACUGGCCAAAUACUGGGAAAUAAUACUUAAUCUCAUUUUAACAAUCAUUUUACCUGUUUCUAUAAUGUUGAUAAUACAUUUAUCAAACUUUGCUGUCAAAUUGUAUUUUUAUGGUUACAAAUGCCUAAACAGUAGCAGUGGAAGUGUUCAUACAUCUGUAUAUAUGUAUAAUAAUAGAUAAGGUACAAAUAUAAAAAGUUUCUGCAAAAUAUUUAACUAGAUGUGAAAAGUUUAGGUUAUAAAUGCUUUUUGUUUGGAAAAUGCAAGAUAUUUGUGAAGAAAGGUUAAGUACCAGUUUAAGACCGUACUUAUAUAAAAAAAUAAGUGCAUUACCUUAUUCUAGAACAUAAUCUGCAACAAUUGUACAAAUGUAAUUAACGAUUAUUUCUAAAUACCAGAAAUGUGAUAUACAGCUUGAAUGGGUACAUAUGAGCUUUUUAUAUUGCAUAUUGUCAUAGCAAUAAGUUACUAAAUGGUUUAGAGAAUGUAAUAUCUUUGGGGUAUAUGCAAUUGCGGUCGAAUUCCGUCUGGAAUUCGACUAUUUUUGGUUUCGACACAAUUCGACAGUCGAAUCCCGGCCGCCGGGACCCGAAUUCGACAUAUUCAAUAAAAAACGGAUUUGACAGUCCCGCUGUCGAAAAACGGACCAAUUGACGAGAGUGUGCGUCCUGGAUUCGACUUCAUGGACGGCACAAAAGUGUUCAAAAAAACCCUGAAAAAAGUUGCGUGGGGUCCCCCCUCCUAAGCAUAACCAGCAUAACUUGGCUAUCAGCCUCCCAUCCGCCGCCCUUGGAUGGGGAGGGGGGGGAGAGACAGCCUCGGGCUUCACCCCUGUCCCUUGGGUGGCUGGAGGGGGGGACCCCUUGAUUUAAGGGGUCCCCACUCCUCCAGUGUACCCCGGCCAGGGGUGACUAGUUGGGGAUUUAAUGCCACAGCCGCAGGGACUGGUAUGAAAGUGUCGCCCGGCUGUGGCAUUAUCUCUCUAGCUAGUGGAGCCCGGUGCUGGUUUUAAAAAUACGGGGGGCCCCUACGUGUUUUGUCCCCCGUAUUUUUGGCACUAGGACCAGGCGCAGAGCCCGGUGCUGGUUGUUAAAAUACGGGGGAUCCCCUGUCAUUUUUCCCCCUGUAUUUUUACAACCAGGACCGGCUCAAAGAGCCCGAGGCUGGUUAUGCUUAGGGGGGGGGACCCCACGCAAUUUUUUUUCUGGAAUUUUAAACCAUUCCCACUGUAAAACAUGCACUGAUCUCUCCUAAUUUUUUUUUUUUUAGUCGGUAAAAAAAAAAAUAUAUGUUCUUUUAAAAAAUCUAUUAAAUAAUACUUGUGGCUCCUAAAUAGACAAACCAAGUAGAUAAUCCCUUCCAAUAUAAAUAGAUAUGCUAUUAGCAAUCAAAAAAACACACAAAAAAAACAUGUUUUAAAAAAAUUUUAUUUGAUCACGACAGCAAAAUGAGGUGGAAUGAAAUUGACGCAAUUUACUGUCAAAAAGCACUGUUGUCGAAUCGACAUUCUUCAAUUGAAUAUACUUUACUUUUGUCGAAAAGCCGCAUUUUUACCAUUGCAGAUAUGUCGGAUUUGAGAAAUGUCGAAUUGCAAAAAGGCGAAUCUGAAACAGCAGGUUUUUUGUCAAAGUACUGUAUUGCAUUGUCGAAUCCAAUUCAACAGGUUUUUUUUUUUGUCGAAAAUGCCCCGUUUUUCGACUUUUGCGGCAAUUCGACCGCAAUUGCAUAUACCCCAAGACUAAAAAGAUAUUCCCUGCAGUAGCUUGUGACCUUAAAUUACUAUUAGAAUGCUAUUGUUAAUCGGACAGAAAAAAUAAGAAUGACUAUUUUUAUAGACUUUUCUUAGAGGUCCGCUGCAUCAGAUCACCAAUUAUUAUUUUCCGUAUUUAUUUUCCUGUUUUCCAAAGGGAACAACACUGCAUCUGCUCUGCCCCAAGCUUCCCCAGCUUCUAAUGUUUUGGUAACUGAGUGGCACCAUCUUCCUUCCAUUGGGAAGAAUAGGAUGAUUCUUACCUCCAUGAAAAGUGUGGUGGUGCGCUUUCCUUGGAAGGCAUAAAGGGGCAGAUGUAUUAAGCCUUGACUCCUCCUGGACGUCAAUUUCAUAUGUUUUGUACAAGCAAAGCCAUGCAUGCUUUGUAAAGGUCUUUGGGGCAGAUGUAUUAAGCCUGGAGACUGCAUAAGGAAGUGAUAAACCAGUGAUAAACGUACCAGCCAUUCGGCUCCUAACUGUUAAUUUACAUAUUGGAGCUGAUUGGCUGGUGCAUUUAUCACCUUGCACUUAUCACUGGUUUAUCACUUCCUUAUGCCUUCUGCAGGUUAAUACAUCUGCCCCAAAGACCUUUAUAAAGCAUGCAUGGCUUUGCUUGUACAGAACAUGUAAAAUUGACGUCCAGGAGACUUAUGUAAUUGAAACAUGUUAAUCAUUUCAGAAUUUCUGAACAGCAAGAGUGCUAAGGGUGUUUCAGUGUGCGUGUAGAAGGCAACCAAGUCAUUAGGAUCAGCAUUCUCAUUGUGCAAAUCAAUUAUUCUGAACUCUGUAAACACUAGUAUUAAUAAUAGUUAAAAAUAAAGGAAGCAAAGUCAUUUGAA